AUGCAUUUUAAGGGUGUUUGUUGUAUUGACGAAUUCGACAAGAUGGAAAUACGCGAUCAAGUUGCCAUUCACGAGGCUAUGGAACAACAGACUAUCAGUAUAACGAAAGCCGGAGUCAAAGCCACACUCAACGCGAGAACUUCGAUCCUCGCUGCUGCCAAUCCAGUAGGUGGAAGAUACGACCGUUCCCGUUCACUCCGUCAAAAUAUCGGCAUGUCGGCACCCGUCAUGUCUCGAUUCGACCUCUUCUUCGUCCUUGUUGACGAAUGCAAUGACAUUGUAGACUACGCUAUUGCCCGUUCGAUCAUCGAUUUGCACAUGGGUCUUGAUGGUCCUUCCCUCGCUAAAUCAUACACCGCUGAUGAGAUCCGUCGCUAUAUUGCAUUUGCCCGCUGUUUUAAGCCCAAGAUUAGCGUUGAAGCAAUGCAGUGUAUGGUCGAGGAGUACAAGAAACUUCGUCAGCGUGACGCCUCAUCUGGUUCCAAAUCGGCGUGGCGCAUAACUGUGCGUCAGUUGGAGAGUCUAGUGCGUUUGUCCGAGGCCACCGCUCGUUUACACUGCGCAGACACUGUUAGUUUUACCUUACGUAUAUAA